AUGUCAGCCCGAGUAGCCGCUGUUCUCCUGCUGCUGUGCGCGCUGCUGUCGGGUGGUCGCGGCCGCAGGAGCCCCCCCCCGGAGCUGGAGGACGUCCAGGAGAAGGUCCACAGUGCGAGGUGCUCGUCCAGGUGUCUCACCCUGCACAUGACCCAGCUCAGCGCCGCCUUCAGGCACCUCCAGAGUGACCAAGUUCUGGUUUGGUGUGAAAACAACAGACGCUGCUCUCAGUGCCUCCAGCCAUGCAGAGAACUGUGGGAAACCAGGAAGGUGCUGUCUCAAAAGUCCUGUGAGAAGCAGACGGAGUGUGUGACGAGCAGGGAGUUCCUGGCGUCCCUGAGGUCGUCUCGUCAGGGCGACUGUCCGCCGCCUCAGCGAGCCACCGGAUUCGCCGCCGCCUGCGUGGAGAGCUGCUCGUCAGACCAGCACUGUCCCACCCCCAGGAAGUGCUGCUCCAAUGGCUGCGGACACACCUGCCAAGCCGCAGCCAAUCUGUACAAGGGUGUUCCCCUGAAGCCUCGCAGGGAGAUGAGCUUCGUGGAGGAUUCAGAAGGUCACAUGAGGGUGGUCUGGGUGUCAAAGUUCAACGUGAGCGUGGAGCCGGUCAUCUACAUGCUUCAGUCCCGCUGGAAUGUAGGCAUCCAUCCCAGUGAAGACCAUGCAACGCCAUGGACUACUGCUGCCAUGACGCUCUCUGAAGAUGUGGUGCUGUCGGAUCUGAGACCUCAGCGCUGGUACCAGUUCAGAGUCGCAGCCAUCAACAGCCACGGCAGCAGAGGCUUCACCACACCGAGCAAACACUACAUCUCCAGCAAAGAUCCGUCUCCUCCAGAACCGCCGAUAAACAUCCGAGUGAGCAACCAGACUCUGGAAUCGCACUUCACAGAGAGGUCCAGAGGAGCUGGGGCCACGGUGGCGGUCUUGUUACGCUGGGACCCCCCCACAGAGGGAGACCUGCCGGUCCACAGCUACAGAGUCACCUGGAUGUCUCGCCAGACACACACUGUGCACAAACACACACACACUCUACAUGGACGCGCACAUACUGUUCACAACAACAUGCACAGCCGCCCCACACACCCACGCGCACCAGAGCAGGGGAAAAAGGAAAGCAACAGCAGAGUGACUCAAGGGGCGCAGUGUGAGCUGUGGCUGCAGGGUUUGCCUCCCGCCACUUCCUACUUCCUAUCUGUGCAGACAGUAGCCUUCUGGGGUCAGAAGAGGCUGAAGAGUCCCAGAGCUCAAACUGGUUUCACCACAAUAAGUCGUGCAGGCGAGGACUUCUCCAAUGAGCUCCCGUCUUCGUCCUCCUCCUCAUCUUCCUCAUCUCCCUCCCUGUCAUCGUCCUCGCCUUCUUCUACCUCCGACCUCCACCAGUCCUCCUCCCACCCUCAACCUGACUCCCCCCGAAACCCCGUCACCCCUGACAACCUGCGGCUGGAGGUCGCUGCCCCUCAUUACCAUGACAACCAGCUGCAGGUCAAGGUGUUCUGGAAGUGGCCUCAUCACGGCAAACAGAAACACACCGGUCCAUACAUCCUGCGGUGGCAUCCACAUAGCUGCAGCACUAACGUCACGGGCACCGAGAGAACAACAACUGUGCAGGGCACUCAUCACACCCUCACAGGGCUGCUGUUUGCCUGUAAGUACCGUGUCGCCGUGGCGAUGAAGGCUGACCCCGGGUCAGAGGCUGUUGCCUGGGUUACGACCCCGACUUGCUCCUCCAUCAGGGUCAGAGGAGGCAAAGCUUUGCCCUGCAACACUGAUGAGCGCCUCCUGUCAGGCAGAAAGGUGGUACUGCGUCCAGAAAGACUGACAGCAGAUUUUCAACAAGUCAACGGCUCCUUGCUUGCCACGUUUCGCUGGAGGAUGUCCCAGCAUGCACUGGACCCAGCGGCUGUCGAGGGGUUCCAAUUCACCUGGACGCUACAGUCGGUUACCGCGGCAACAGAGGAGCAGGAAGACACGCUCAUCUCGCAGACGCAGACGAUUGCAGCGUCUCAGCGGUCGGUGACAGUUCAAGGUCUUCAGGCCAACUGUGUCUAUCAGCUGCAGCUCCAGGUGCUAACAACAGGGGGCAGCAAUGGCGCCGCAGUCUCCAAGACCAUUCACACUCCAGCGAUCAAGGCUAAACUUUGA